GGAAGGUGCAACAAAUUGUUGCACAGACGGUUCAAAGCAUUCACGCAUGAUAAAGGAAGAUAAGGAACUAAAUGUCAAAACAACAUCAAACAAAUUAUUGAAAAAUAUUUGAAAAAGGAGAGGAAGUAUCUUUCUGGGUAGUAUCAUUCCAGCUGGGACAUUUAUCCAGCAUGCAAAAGACUUCUGAAUUCUCCAUUUGCAGCUUUGGUUUGAACAAGCCUGGAUUCAGGUCUCUUUUUCGCUGGUCUUUCAGUUCAAGCUCCUAUACUGUGGAUGAGCACCAACAGCACCAGCCUGAUGUCAAAUGCAAAGCUGCUGCUCGUUCUUCCUCUUGCACUGGUCAUCUUUUUCACGGUAAUGGGAAACCUGCUGGUAAUCCUGGCUAUUGCUCGCACUCCUCAGCUCCACACCACCAAUGUCUUCAUCACCUCUCUGGCCUGUGCAGAUCUAAUCAUGGGCUGUGUGGUCCAGCCCUUGGGCGUCAGUAUGGUGGUGACCGGAAAAUGGCUGCUGGGUAAGACUGUUUGCGAUCUGUGGACAUCCGUGGAUGUGCUCUGUGUAACAGCCAGCAUCGAAACGCUAUGUGCCAUUGCUGUGGAACGUUACAUUGCAGUGACAAGGCCACUCAAGCAUCAGGUUCUCCUGAGCAAGCGUAGAGCUGGGUUCAUCGUAUGCAUGGUGUGGAUGGUGUCAUCCCUGGUUUCCUUUGUGCCAAUCAUGAACCAUCAUUCUCACGAAAAUGGUGACAACGAGACAAAAGCAUGCUACUUAGACCCACACUGCUGUGACUUCAUUACCAGCAAAACCUAUGCCAUCUUUUCCUCCAUGGUGUCCUUCUAUGUGCCCUUGAUUAUCAUGGUCUUUGUGUAUGGGAAGGUAUUUGCCAUUGCGACCAGACAGCUGAGACUCAUCGAUAAGGAUAGAGUGCGUUUUCAGAGUAAAAGUGAAGAUGACUCUGAAGCACAAAAAAAAAUUGUUCAGUCUUGUCAAAGUCCACAUCCAGAAGCUGAAACAGUUCAGAGUUCUAGCCGUAGACCAUUAAGACAUGUUCUCAAGGAACACAAGGCACUCAAGACGCUGGGAAUUAUUAUGGGAAUAUUCAUUCUUUGUUGGUUGCCCUUUUUCCUCUUCAAUAUCAUCAAGGUCUUCAAGCGUGAGUUUCCCCCACAGUAUAUGUUCCUUCUGUUGAAUUGGCUUGGCUAUGCUAAUUCAGCCCUGAACCCAUUCAUCUACUGCCACAGCACAGAGUACCGUACUGCCUUCCAGAAUCUUCUAGGCUUGAAAAAACACAAGAGACUGAAUCGCAAUGCCUUGCAAAAACACCUACGGAUGCUUGCCUCGUGCAUCCAAACCAAUGGUUGUGUGAGAAUGGAUUGCUUAGGUCAUGAAGACCCAACAGUGGUGCAGAUUAGGAACAUGAGUUCUAAUACAUGUACAGUUUUCAAAGAGGAAGUGUAUUUAGAAACUCUGCCUCACAAUGGCUCAACUGUGACAAGGUUCAGUGUUACAGAGACUGUUUAAAGAGCCAGUAAUGACAGAAAACAGCAUCUAUGGUUUUCAAAAGGACUUAACUGUACCCUACCAUUAACCAGUGGACCCUGACUUCAUUACAUUCUGAAGGUGACGGUGACGGUAAAGAUUGUUAUGCAGGAACAGAGUUCGGAACUUCAGGCAAAAUGACAGCCAUAAAAAUCAAGGUGUGAAGAUGUAAAAACACCAAAAAUGCCUUUCCAUCCACUCAAAAACAUAAAACAAUCUCUUGUUUGGACCUGGCUGCAACAUACUGUACUUCUCCUGCAUUUUAAUCUAGCAUGAAGAAUAAUUUAUUUGGAGAUAAGAGUUCAUUAUACUUUGAAAAAUUUAACUUUUAGAAUUCAAUACUGACUACCCAUUAAUAAAAAAUUUUUAUUAAUCGGACUAAACUGCACAAUUUGGACAGAUGAAGAGAUUUGAACACAGGACUGGCUACAUUUGCACAUUAAUAAUGCCUUUUCCAUAUUGCAUGCUGCCCGGUCAUGGUGAGAUAAUAUGGAGGAAGUAGAAUAGAUUGCUGUGUACUGUACUAACUGUAUAUGGUUGAAACGACAAUAAAAACCACUUGACUUGACAUGUUAUUAUUACUAAAACCAAAAUAAUUAAUGAUAAUGGUGAAUUCAUGUAACAUUAAAAUUUCCAUGGUUACGACAUUCCGACUUGGAAAAAAAUAUCUUUGUAGAACUCGUAAUCUUAAAUUGUAAACUCAGAAUUCUAUGAAAGCUCAGACUUGACCAUUGUGACAUCAUGUAAAAAGAACCAAAAUGGCAAAAAGAACCAAAUGGCAGAAAUAUUAGCAUAUUUCUGUUUGAUAU